AUAGGGCUUGUUGUACUAUUGGAAAUAUAACAAAACAAAACCAAGAACAACACACAAAUUCCAAGCAUAUACACAAAUGGAAAUGGAGUCAUACUCUCUCUUCCAAUUCUCAAACCCUUCUCAAUUCUCACCUGAAUCCUCCUUCGGUUCGUCGCUAGAUUCUUUAUCAUGGGACGACGCUUUACUCGAUACUUUCAACAACGAUAUGUUGAACUUUCCACCAUUUAACACAAAUCAUGAGCCUCAAGAUUUGUUGCUGUUCGAUGCUGUGGCUAAAGAACCAGCAUUAGUGGCUGAAGAAACGCACUGGUUUGGUGGAGCUGUAAAGGAAGAGGAGGUCACUUCCAAUUCCAAUGCCUUCCAAGUGUUUGAAGGGAAACCCAGAAAGGAAAAGUCGUACAGAGGGGUCAGGAGGAGGCCUUGGGGGAAAUACGCAGCUGAGAUAAGGGACUCGACGAGGCAUGGAGUCAGGGUUUGGCUUGGCACUUUCGAUAGUGCCGAGGCAGCUGCUUUGGCCUAUGACCAAGCUGCAUUUGCACUGAGGGGUCCUUUGGCUGUGCUCAAUUUUCCGGUUGAAGUUGUGAGGGAGUCACUUCAAGAGAUCAAGUGUAGAUAUGACGAAGGGUGCUCGCCAAUUGUGGCACUCAAGAGGAGGCACUCGAUGAGAAGAAAGUCUUUGUGCAAAAAGAAUAGUUGUAAUAAAGAGCAAGAAAAAGUCAAGAGUUCGAUUCCUUCCAAAGUAACAAAGAAUAAAACGCAAGAGAACGUCGUAACGCAAAAUGUGGUGGUAUUAGAGGAUUUGGGUGCUGAAUACUUGGAGGAGCUUUUGUAUCAAAGCUCAUGUGAAAGUGCUAGUUUUUCUUGCUAAUUUUUGUUCGGGUAACUACGUACCACUUCUUUUUUUUCACUUUUUGGUCGGUUUGACCUUGUUCUUUUAUAUCUUUAUUUCAACCUUUUAAAUCAAAGAUCCUAGUUAAGAUCUGAGGGCGUCAUCUAGGGCCUAGUAAAUCCUAUUAAUUAAUCGCGCCUUCUUCCUCUUUGUAAAGUUGAAAAUGAUGGAAUGUAAUUAAACAUAUGCAUCACUUAUCUUCUUUGCCUCAAUGAUUGAAGUUUAAAAUAGAGGUU